AUGGGUUGUACAACUAGCUCACACGUACCCUCAGAUGACUGCGAAGAGAGCGAUAUGAGCGAUAUGAGCGAAGAGGAAAUCCAUGAAGCUGUUUUGGCGGCCGGAAAGAAAGCUAAGAUUACCGGUCUUUGUGAGAAGUGCGAUCAAAUCGUGGGCUGGUUCUUUCUGGAGCAAAAAGUGUUCGGAAGAAUAAUCAAAAGAGAGGAGAGCUCGCGCCAACUUAUUCACAAUUUCAAAAUCGACGAAUUCAAGUCUUUUUGCAAGCUCUGCAAUUUCCUCUAUUCCAUCUGGGCUGAAGGGAAGGAAGGCAAUGAUGAAGAAUAUUUUUCCCUUGCAAGGUCAACUGCAGCAUAUUUGUUUGGCUUCAGGUACGCCAUCGGCAAUGCGUUGGAGCCCGUCUACGUCAAUAAAAUUAUCUUUUACCUCGUGGCUGGUGAAUAUGCCAAUGAACCUAUGAGCCAUCGUACUAAUACAAUCUUUGGCUUUUCUAACGCAAAUGCUUAUAAAGAUGGAGUAGCCAUACGCAAUCUGUCAUUACAGGCUGAUUUGUCUCUCGUCCGGGAAUGGAUUCGGCAGUGCGAUGACAAUCAUGCCGAUUCUAACUUGAAUUGCCUACCAAGAGAUGGCAUUUCACUUCAAGGCUUCACAGUAAUCGACUGUAAAGAUGGGAGGAAUAUCCUGGUGCCAGGUACCACCUGCAUGGAGUACGUAACACUGAGCUACGUCUGGGGAUCUGAAGUAUCAGAAGGGCCAGAUCAGUUCGGAAAACUACCGUCUACUCUUCCAAAUCUUAUAACCGAUGUUAUCAAGGUUGUCAUAGCUCUGGGCUACAGAUACUUGUGGAUUGAUAGAUACUGUGUUCCUCAAGAUGAUUCUUCUGAUAUUAAAUCCCUUCUCGUCAAGAACAUGGAUAAGAUCUAUUCACAAUCUACUCUUACGAUAAUCGCCACUACUGCCAAAUGCCCAAGUGAAGGUCUCCCUGGGAUCAGCAAGCCUAGAAUAGCUGUGCAAAAAUCUCUGCAAAUGAAUUCCAUUCAUCUGGUGCAGUGGGUCAGUAACAUCCAGUAUGAGAUCGAUAAUUCCGUAUGGAAAACGCGCGGGUGGACCUAUCAAGAAGCUUUAUUGUCAAGACGCAGGCUCGUGUUCACUGAGACUCAGUGCUAUUUUCAAUGCGAUGCAGGAGGUAUUCGGAGCGGCAAAGGAGGUGGUCGGAUGGAAAGUAUCGACUAUGACCUCACAACGGAAAGACAUAUCCAGAUGAGGCGUCGCAUCCCAAUGAUAUUUCGUCCACGGCCAAAACAUUACACCGACAGGGAAAUAUCCUUCUUCAGCCUUAUGGUAAGCGAGUAUACCGAGAGACAACUCUCGAAAGACUCCGACGUUCUGCCUGCCUUUCUGGGUAUAUUGGGUAUGUUCACGUCUGAGUGCUCAAUUUUUCAUGGACACAUAUACGGAGUGCCAAUUUUCGAGUCCAGUAACAAAUUACUCCCUGUUGACACUACCGCUACGCUAAUAAUGGCUAUUACAUGGAAAUUUUAUUGGCACUUUCUUAAUCUUGAGAGUUUAUUCGCGGCAACUUUGCCAUCAAGGAGACGGACCUCGCCAAGCUGGACGUGGUGUGAUUGGAAAUAUACUUCACCGUCGUUUUAUUCGAUUGAAUGGACAGAUGAAAUUCUAGGUUCAGAUUCCCCGAGGGGAGCUAUGGAUAUAGUGCACGACCAAAAGCUUAACCUCGAGUUCGAGAACGGCACCAUACUCCCGUGGCCUCGCGAAGCGGAUCUUGCUGAUCUUGCGCAAAAGAUUAUGCUGAUGGGAAACGUGCGCUAUAUCCAUGUUUUUGGGCCGUUCACGCAUCUUCCAAUUCUUAUUAGCUCAAAUCCCGAGUGGUGGGGCCGGAAACUGUGUGGUCCGUAUGUAAUAGAUGAGUCGGUAAUUUGUUGGCUUUCGGGGUUGGCAAGAGAUCGGGGGAUGAAUGUUACGGAUAAUGAGGAGUAUGUCUUUAAGGCAUGGGUAUAUGCUUCAGGAAUAAGCCGAGUUUCUUAUCCUGUAGAAUCUAAGAGAGUUGUUCACAUGAUGCUGCUGAGUGAAAUCUCAGAUUUGAACACCUUUGAGCGCAUCGAUGUAUGUACAUUUGAUGUGGAAUUGGAAUUGAAAGAAGAAGAAUGGCAACAGGAGAAUUUGGAGGAUAUUGCGAAAAAGCUGGGAUGGGAGAUGAAGGCUUUUAGACUUGCAUAG